AUGGCCACUGCCAUCGCGGGGAAGCAUCCGCACCUCUGGACGGACCCGGCGAGGACCAGGCGCUGGCGGUGUGGUGGAGGAGAAGCCACUGGCACGUGGGAGAAGGAGGCCGGUGCUGGUGCUGGUGGCGGAGACGGGGGCACCCAGAGCUGGAGAGGGGCCCGCCUGCAAGCUCAGUGGGUGUUGGCCGUGGGCCUGCGGGUCCGCCCAGGGCCUCCACCCGAGGCGCUGCAGGAGGAGCCGUCCUGGAGGGGAGUCUGGAGAGACGGGGUGCAGCAGAGAAGGAGGGAUUCUUGGAGCCCUGAGUCUCAGGGUCAGUUUGAGGGCCUCCCCAUGGCCAAACCGCUGGAUGCCAAGAGGUCUCUGCCCCUCACGCCCGGCAGCUGUGACCAUGAGGUGGCUCGGAGGUGGAGCUGGCGCGGCCUGGUCCCCACGUGGCUGAGACACCGGCACUCGGGGCUGCAGGCCAAAGGCCAGAACUUCAUGCUGGAGGACUCCACCUUCUGGAUCUUUGGGGGCUCCAUCCACUACUUCCGGGUGCCCCGCGAGUACUGGAGGGACCGCCUGCUGAAGCUGAGGGCCUGCGGCUUGAACACCCUGACCACCUACGUCCCAUGGAACCUCCACGAGCCAGAAAGAGGCAAGUUCGACUUCUCCGGGAACCUGGACCUGGAGGCCUUCGUCCUGCUGGCCGCGGAGGUCGGGCUGUGGGUGAUCCUGCGUCCGGGCCCCUACGUCUGCAGUGAGCUGGACCUCGGGGGCUUGCCCAGCUGGCUACUCCAGGACUCCGGCAUGAGGCUGAGGACAACCUACAAGGGCUUCGCUGACGCAGUGGACCUUUAUUUUGACCACCUGAUGUCCAGGGUGGUGCCCCUCCAGUACAGGUACGGAGGACCUGUCAUCGCUGUGCAGGUGGAGAAUGAGUAUGGCUCCUAUAACAGAGACCCUGCCUACAUGCCCUAUGUCAAGAGAGCCUUGGAGGACCGGGGUAUCGUGGAGCUGCUCUUGACCUCAGACAACAAGGACGGCCUGAGCAAGGGGGUCGUGGAUGGAGUGCUGGCCACCAUCAACCUGCAGUCACAGAGCGAGCUGCAGCUGCUGGUCACCUAUCUGCUAAGUGUCCAGAGCGUUCAGCCCAAGAUGGUAAUGGAGUACUGGACCGGCUGGUUCGACUCGUGGGGCGGCCCACACAACAUCCUGGACUCCUCAGAGGUUCUCAAGACGGUGUCUGCCAUCGUGGAUGCCGGCUCUUCCAUCAACCUCUACAUGUUCCAUGGGGGCACCAACUUUGGCUUCAUGAAUGGGGCGCUGCACUUCCAGGACUACAAGUCUGACGUCACCAGCUACGACUAUGACGCGGUGCUGACAGAGGCCGGGGACUACACCGCCAAGUACGUCAAGCUCCGGGAAUUCUUCGGUUCUGUUUCAGGGGCCCCUCUGCCUCUCCCACCGGACCUUCUUCCCAAGACGACGUACGAGGCAGUGAAGCCAGUUUUCUGCCUGUCCCUGUGGGACGUGCUGCCCUACCUGGAGGAGGUGAGAGCCACCCGUGGCCCCGGAGGAAGAGAAGCUGCUUGGCCACGUCGCAGUCUGCUCCCCACCUUCAGAACUCAGAGCAGAGAACCCACUUGUGCUGGAGCGCCCAUCCGUCCCGCACGCCUGACCCUCCCCCGAGCGUCGCAGGUGUGGAGAAGGCCCCGCGGCAGGAGUCGCGGCCUCCGCCUCCUCCCCGGCUGGUGCACACGGCUCCCUCUGCCUGCCCGGCGGGGACCCCUCUGCCUGCCCCAGCCAAUGGGAUGCGUCCUGGUCUGUCUGCUCGCUUGGCAGGUGUUUGUGAACACCGUCUCCGUAGGGUUCCUGGACUACAAGAGGAAGGAAGUCACUAUCCCCUUGAUCCAGGGGUUCAUUUUGCUAAGGAUCUUGGUGGAGAAUUGCGGGCGAGUCAACUAUGGGGAUAACAUCGACGACCAGCGCAAAGGUUUAAUUGGGGACCUCUAUCUGAACGAUUCUCCCCUGAGAGGUUUCAAAAUCUACAGCCUGGAGAUGAAGAAGGGCUUCUUCAAGAGUUUCCUUGGAGACAAGUGGAACCCCGUCCCCGAUGUGCCCACGUUCCCUGCUUUCUUCCUGGGUGUCCUGUCCGUCCCCCUCUCCCCCUAUGACACCUUCAUGAAGCUGGAGGGCUGGGAGAAAGGGGUUGUAUUCGUCAAUGGGCAAAACCUCGGACGCUACUGGAACGUCGGGCCCCAGGAGACCCUCUACCUCCCUGGUGUCUGGUUGGCCGAAGGCAUCAACCAGGUCAUCGUCUUCGAGGAGAAGAUGGCGGGUCCAAUGAUACAGUUCACAGAAACGCCCCACCUGGGCCGGCGCCAGUACGUCGACUGAGCAGCUCCUGGCAAGGAACCUGCAGACCCUCCCUGCUGCCCCGCCGGUGCUGCCCCGCCCACUGUCUGUCCAGAGUCCCGAGUGCCCCUCAGUCAUAGCCUCGAGGGCCAGGGCUCGCUCUGCUUCUGCUGCAGUUCAGACCCUUGCCCUGCAGACUGAAGGAGAGUGGGGGUGAGGAGGGACCCGUCUUCCCUGGAGUGCUUCUUGGCUGGGCUCUGUGCUGGCUCCUUCCGACUCCCCUUGAUGGGCAGGCACAACUCCUGCAGGGUUUGCUGCUCUGAAUGUCCCCCGGACCAGCCACGACCCUGUCCCUGGGGCCCCUGUUUCUGAGCUGGUGGGCGUGGCACUAUUUGUAGAGGACGAGGGGCCCUGGAGUCGACCUGUUCCUCCUUCACAACCCUGCCCGAGCCUUCCCUGCGAGUCACAAGGAAGUCCCUGGGAUGGAUGCAGGCCACCUUUCACUUCUGCUCUAAUGGUGCUGACAGAGUCAGGAAAAUGGGCACUUGUUUUCUGAGUGCGAGGAGCUCCAGUUUCACUGUGAGAAGCAGUAACAGCUGAGGAGGAAAGGUCGCCACUCUCAGAAGGUCCAGGAAGACGGGGGCACCAGGCGUGGCCGUGGGGGCGUGGGCAGGAGUGUUGGGGUGUCAGGGGCCAGCGCUGGGCCCCAGGUGUUGGUCAAGAUUCCCAGGGCUUGGCGGGGAUCUGGCACUGUGUUCCGGCCCAGCUUCGCUGCCCUGAGUUGCAGUAAAGUAACAGAGUUGAAUCAGAUCCCCCUUGGUGAUGU